AUGGGAGAGGAGGCCACUAAUAUUGUGGUUGGGAAAAUAGUGGACUUAUUGUUUAGUUCGGCUAAACGGGAGAUUGAUUAUGUCCGAAAUUGCACUAAAAAUGCUGACAUCUUGAAGAAUGAAGCACAAAAGCUCAAGGAUAUGAGUGAUAGGAUUCAACAACGAAUCAAUGCAGCUAAAGAAAAUGGAGAAGCUCUCUUAGCUGGUGUGCAGAACUGGAUGGACAAGGCAGACAUUGAAAUAUCCAAAGUUGAAGAGUUUCUUGAAGAAGAAGCCAACGCCAAGAAGACGUGCUUCAACUUACGACCUUGUGUCAAUUUGAGCAGCCUCCACCAUUACAGUAAGAUGUCGAUAAACAAAACCCUUUUUCUUCUGCAGCAUCAAGAAGAUGGUCAAACUUACGAAUCUUGUGUCUCCAUUCCCACUCCCACCCCAAGAUUUGUAGACCUCUACCAAACAAAGAAUCUUGAUGAUAUUGAUACCCACAAGUUGGUGUUGAGGGAAAUCAUUGAAGCGAUCAAAGAUGAGAGCAUAAAGAUGGUUGGAAUUUAUGGAUCAGGAGGUGUAGGGAAAACCACAUUAGCCAAGGAAGUUGCUGCAGAAGUGAAGAAUCUAUUUGCAGAGAUUGUGUUUAUAACUGUCUCACAGACUGUAGAUGUUAAAGAGAUUCAAAAAAAUGUUGAAAAAGCAGCAAAGCGUAUAAUCAUUAAUAAGGAGAAGGUUCUAAUCAUUUUAGAUGACAUAUGGAAAAAGCUAGUCCUCUCUGAUGUGGGCAUACCGUGUGGGAAUAACCACAUGAAUUGCAAGAUCUUGUUGACGUCUAGAAGCAGAAAUGUAUGUGAAGGGAUGAACGUUGAUAGGAAUAUCUGUGUAAACAUAUUGACGAAGAAAGAAGCGUGGGUCCUCUUCAAACGUAUAGUUGAGACAAGCACAGAGGAGACACCAUAUGCUCUUCUAGCUUUUUUCUUUCCUCAUAAUGCGCCUUGGCAAUUCAUCAAACAGUUGGAAAGUGGAUUGGGAGCAUGCAAACAUGAUGCCACUAGGCAACUAAGGGUGUUGGUUUAG